ACUCUUCUAUUCCGACUCGCUGUGUUCGGGCGACCCGGGAAAAAAAAACCUUUCGAAACCGUCUUGGUUCGGUUCGGUUCGCGAACCGACUUUUCAGGCUGCAAGAAACAAACCCGCGGAGGCUUGCUUCUGACCAAAAUGGCUGGGCGCAGUGAAAUGUGAAAUAUUUCUCGCUAAGGUUGCAACCGUUUGACCUGCAACAUGUCUGAUUUACUGAGAUACAUCGACUACGACCACAAAGCCACCUUCCUGAAGAUGCUCAACCAGCAGAGGAUGGAGGGCGAGCACUGCGACGUGGUGGUGGUGGUGGAGAACAUCGAGUUCAGGGCUCACCGCUGCGUGCUGGCCGCCUGCAGCAACUACUUCAAGAAGCUCUUCAAGAAGCAGAGCGACGAGGACAACUCCAUCGUGGAGCUGGACUUCAUCCGCUCCGACAUCUUCGAGGAGGUGCUCAACUACAUGUACACGGCCCGGCUGGCCGUGAGGAAGAAGGACAUCAACAUGAUGAUGUCGUCCGGUCAGAUCCUCGGCAUCAACUUCCUGGACAACCUGUGCACCCAGAAGCGCGAGCUGACCAACAUGAAGACGCGGGAGAACCAGGCGCCGGACGACCACGGGAUGAGAGCGCAGGACGCCAUCCUGAAGGAGCUGGCCAUGGAGGAGGUGAGGAAGAACAGCUUCUACGACCAGGGGAUGGACGGGAUCGGGCCCGGCGGCUCCCACGUGUCCCAGCCGCACAAUUACAACACCAGCAUGGGUAAAGACCCCCACGCCCACAGCUGGGCCUCGGCCGCCUCCAGCGACAUGAAGCUGGAGUACCUGCUCUACGGCCACCGCGACCACGGCUCCUGCCCGACGGCGGGGGCCAAACCCCUGGACCACAACGCCAAAAAGGAGCGCCUGCUCACGGCCAACCGCCCGUACGGCUGCGAGCACUGCCCCAAAGCCUUCACCACCGCCGCCCACCUCAAGGAGCACCUGAAGAUCCACUCGGGCUUCAAGCCGCACCGCUGCGUGGUGUGCGGCAAGGCCUUCAUCCGGGGCCCCGACCUGAAGCGGCACGAGCGCGUGCACAGCAACGAGCGGCCCUUCGCCUGCCAGAUGUGCGAAAAGGCCUUCAAGCACAAGUCCCACCUGAAGGACCACGAGCGGCAGCACCGGGGCGAGCGGCCCUUCAACUGCGGCUCCUGUGACAAGGCCUUCAUCAAGGCGUCGGACCUGAAGCGCCACUGGAACACCAUGCACAGCGCCAACCCCCGCAGACAGAUGGCGCUGUCGCCCGCCGCCUCCCAGCACGCGCAGGCCGACGCCGCCGACCAGAGAGACUGGAAGCUGGAGACCGGGCCGCACUCGCACAACUCGGGGGACUGCUGAGCCCCACCCCCCUCCGACUCACACUGACAUCCGCGCACACCUAAAAACCCACAAGUACACACUGACACGAGGGUGUGGCGGGCCGCGGGGGGCCCGGCGCCACACAGACAGAGGUAGACGUGAGUAACGAGAUCAUAGCAUGUUCAUACAGACUGUGAGGCUGUAUUAUUAUUAUUAUUAUUAUUAUCAUUAUUAUUAUUAUUAUUAUUAUAAAGAGUUAUGUCAGAGCAAUGUUUCCUUUCAACCUGUAAAGUCAUGUAAAUGUUUAGUUCACUAUACUAUACAUAUAUUUUUCACAAAGUAUUGUCCAUAUCUAGAUGGAGGGUUCUCAUAACAUUAUUUUCUUUUACUUUAAUGAGAUCUGUAACAUUUAAAUGUUUGUUUAACCUUUAAUGGAUUUUAUGGAGAUAAAAGAGAGCAGGAAGAGAAACGUGUCGGAGGAGAGGGGCGAGAUCUUCUGCGUAACAUUUGUUGACUAUAUUCAUGUGGAUGUUUUUAAUGGAUGUUUAGUUGUAUUGAUUGAUAUUACACUGUAAAAGUAAAGAGUCACCAUUUCCACGCAGAUGAUAACCAAAGUCUUGGGCCUCUGACGGAUGGUCUUUAGAGACCGUCCUGCCCCAAGCGAACCGGCCACUAGAUUUACUGUUAUACAGUAUAACUGUCAUCCGGCCAUCAACAGGUAAAUGAUAGGUGUCUGUAUAUACUGUAGCUUAGUUUGUUGCACAACUAGAGUUCACAAUAAUGACUUAUGCACAUAUAACAUUGUCCUACUCCUACACUUUGACAAUAAACACCAUUUGCUGUGUUUUA